AUGGCCCACGUCCAGAUCCUAGAUGGAGGCCUCGGCACGUCCCUAAAUGACAUCUACAACAUAAAAUUCGACUCAACAACGACCCCACUCUGGGCCUCCCACCUACUAGUAAGCGACCCAGCAACGCUACAAGCCUGCCAACACGACUUCGGCGUCGCAGGAGUCGACAUCCUCCUAACAGCCACAUACCAAGUAUCAGCCGAAGGCUUCGCGCGGACAAGAACCGCCCAAUAUCCCGACGGGAUCCCGCGUAGCGCAGUGGGGCCAUUCCUAAAGACAGCAGUGGACAUUGCCGAGCGCGCAAAAGUACGCGACAGCACAAGCAUCGCACUCAGUCUUGGGCCCUAUGGGGCAUGCAUGAUCCCAGGACAAGAGUAUAGCGGUGCAUAUGACGCGGGGCAUGAUGAUGAAGAGUCGUUGUAUCGCUGGCACUUGAAUCGGUUGCGGAUGUUUGCUGAGGCGGAUGAGGGGCUUGUGUCGCGGGUGCAGUAUGUUGCUUUUGAGACACUUCCGCGGGUUGAUGAGGUGAGGGCUGUUAGGAGGGCGAUUCGGGAUUCGGGAACUGAGCUUCCGUUUUGGAUUUCUUGUGUUUUUCCGAGGGAUGAUGAGGCUUUGCCGGAUGGGAGUUCGGUUGCGGAGGUCCUUUCUGGGCUUGUUGAUGCGUUUGAUCGGGCGGUUGCGGAGGUUAUUGAGGCCCGGCAGAUUGAUGCUGUUCCGUGUUUGGUACUGUACCCGGAUGGAACGAAUGGGGAGGUUUACAACACUGCAACGCAGAUUUGGGAGAAGCUUGAUGGCGGGUUGGCUGAUAAACGACCUUGGGAAGUCCAGUUGGCACAAGUGGUUGGUGAAGCCUAUGAAAAGGGUCACUUCACUUCGUUUCUUGUGGGAGGAUGCUGCAAAGCUUCGCACUUCGAUAUCCAGAAACUCGGGCAACAAUUUAAGACAAAAUGA